AUGUCGACGACUCGUUGGACAAUCCAUGAGGUGGAAAAUUGGGACGAGGAGCAAUUGCUCGAAUGGGUCCGGCGAACAAAACCAAACAUUUUCCGCGAUGACGAGGAUGUUUUGACAUUCAAAGUGGCAAAAAUCGAUGGCUCCGUCUUCUUGGAAAAUGCUAAAAAUCUAGACUUCUUCAAGCAAACUCAUCUGCCCCUUGGAGUCUAUAGCGCUCUUGCGGCUCUUGCGGGAAUAGUGAGCAAACAAAGGGAUAAAACUGAUACACCUGAAGAGCCACCCAUUUCGCCAAAAAGACGUCAAAAAGAUGAAGAUGAAGACGAACUGACACAAUUAGCCAUCGAAGCGAGUAAGCGAAGAAAGGCCAUUAAAGAUAUGAUUACUCAGAUGAACGACUUUCCUAACCAGUAUUCUAAUUCCGUCGAUCCUCUUCCUGGAGCUGUCGAUAAACUUUCCAACCCCACAUUAAAUCACACGCUCGACUUCCCAUUUGUCGGCCCGAUGCCAGAACGAUUCAAAGAGCCCGGUAUAGCUAGAAGAAAGUGGCUAUAUAUGGGGAGAACAAUGUUCAAAUACUUCCUCCAAGAGGUAAAGAAAGUGCGAAAGAGUCGCUCUUACGAGAGGUGCUGGCUCUAUGGAACCCAGGGCUUUGGGAAGUCUCGCCUUCUAGCCGCCCUUGUCUGCUACUUUGCUGCUCAAGAUGAACGGGUCGUCUACCUACCGGAUUACCAGGCGUUGCUCGAUGACCCUGUUCCUUACGUCGUAGUAGCAAUGCUGUUCGCCUGGGCCGACGAUUUCGCCACCCAGAAGAAGAUUAUAGCCCUACGCACUGAAGACCAGAUCGAGAUAUUCUGCAAGAAUCAAAAAAACGUCAUAUUUAUCGUUGAUCAGAUGAGUGCUCUUAAGACUAAAGGCAUUGCAAAUAGACAGGAGGCCGAAAGGAUACGUCGCUGGGUGAACAGAUUCACCUUCGUCAAUAAAGCAAUCUUCAGCUCCUCUGCAAAUUGUGCGAACGACCUUGAAGGGCUGGGCCAUCAGAGCCCAAACUGGGUGGUACCCGUCUAUGGCGGCUUUACUAAGAUGGAAAUGGAGCAGUGGUGGAAGCAGCAUGAAGAUAUUAGGAUGGGAGGGUAUUCCCGAAAUCAGGUUGAAGACGUUACGGGCUGCAUCCCAUUGCUCUUGAAUCGAUGCGUGGUGAAUGGGGCGAUUGAUUUGGCGGCCCCCGAAUUGAUCCAAAUCUCUGACGAAUCUGUGGCGUUUACGCAGCGAAUCAAGUCCACUGCUACGAAGUAUGAUUGGGAGUGGUACUGCGACUACGUGAGGGCUUGCAUUCGUAACCAGCCUAUAUCACCUGGAUGGACGGCACACAUCGAACUGAUCGACCAUCGAUACUUUUACCAGUUUAACGACAUCAUUGGGGGAUGUAGCUGCGGUUUAGUUCGUGACGCUGUAGCAAAUAAGCUUCUCGAGUUGUGA